GAUGAUGAUGACGACGAUGAUGAUGAUGAUGAUUCGGAUGAUGAUGAUUCGGAUGAUGAUGAUGAUGAUGAUGACUCGGAUGAUGUUGAUGAAUCGGAAAUUGUUUCAGGGCCGUUUGCUAAAAUAAUAAAAUAUGAUAGAGAUGUUGGCAUUGCACUAUUAGUGACAUUUGUGAAAGCAACCGCUUGUCAAAUUGAUUUGUCACGAAUCAAUCACAUGACGCAGAUGAUGCAAAUGACUGGCAUGCUCUGA